UUUUUAUACACACACACACACUCGUAUAUAUAUUUACAUAUGUUAUUGUUAUAUAUAUUUUUAAAUAAAUUUUCGGCCUCGAUUGACCAAAUACUAGAUCGCCGGAGUAUUAAAUAGGAAAAACAUAAAAUCGAUUUUUUCGAUCGAAUUUAGAAAAAAAGAUUGAAUUUUUACUUUUUGAAGGAGAGAUCUGACUACCUGGUCGAUUGAAUUUUCGAUCCUAUUCUUGUAGAUUGAUAAAUCAAAGACACAAAAAGGUAAAAAGUCGUGCGGGUCAGCAUGGCCUUCUUAGGUGAUGAAAUUGAUCAUGUAGCAGAUGACUAUGAAAUGGCAGAAGUAGAUGAUGAUAUAUAUUUCCGUGGUAGAGUAAUGGGUGACUCAGAUUCAGAUGAUGAUGAUGAAUAUGACCACUUGGACAAUAAGAUAAGUGAUACUUCUGCGGCAGAGGCUAGGGGAGGAAAGGAUAUUCAGGGAAUUCCUUGGGAGAGACUUAGCAUCUCCCGUGAGAAAUAUAGACAAACUAGACUAGAGCAGUACAAGAACUAUGAAAAUGUACCUCAAUCAGGGGAAGGCUCAGAGAAGGAAUGCAAGCCCACAAAGAAAGGUGGGGCGUAUUAUGAAUUCUGGCAGAACACAAGAUCUGUCAAGUCAACAAUCCUUCAUUUUCAAUUGAGGAAUUUGGUUUGGUCUACGUCGAAGCAUGAUGUCUACCUCAUGUCGCAUUUCUCUAUCAAGCAUUGGUCUUCUUUAAGCAGUAAGAAAACUGAAGUACUCGAUGUUUCUGGGCAUGUUGCACCACUCGAGAAACACCCUGGAAGUCUCCUGGAAGGAUUUACUCAGACACAAGUCAGUACUCUAGCAGUCCGAGACAAUUUGUUGAUUGCUGGAGGAUUUCAGGGAGAGCUUAUUUGCAAGUAUUUAGAUCGACCUGGAGUGAGCUUUUGUUCCAGGACAACAUACGAUGAUAACGCAAUCACAAAUGCAGUUGACAUUUACGACAGUCCGAGUGGUGCCGUUCAUUUCAUGGCUUCAAAUAAUGAUUGUGGAGUCAGGGACUUCGACAUGGAGAGAUUUCAGCUUUCAAAGCAUUUCUCCUAUCCUUGGCCGGUGAAUCAUACCUCUCUUAGUCCAGACGGGAAGCUUGUUGUCAUUGUAGGUGACAACCCUGAUGGGAUACUGGUGGAUUCUCAAACAGGAAAGACCGUCAUGCCUUUACGUGGGCACUUGGACUUCUCAUUUGCAUCUGCAUGGCAUCCAGAUGGUAACACAUUUGCCACUGGCAACCAAGACAAGACUUGCCGUGUAUGGGAUGCUCGGAACUUAUCCAAAUCUGUUGCUGUGCUUAAGGGAAAUCUAGGAGCCAUCAGAUCAAUUCGUUUCACAUCUGAUGGGCAGUUUAUGGCGAUGGCCGAGCCGGCUGAUUUUGUCCAUGUCUAUGAUGCAAAGAAUGGGUAUGAGAAAGAGCAGGAGAUCGAUUUUUUUGGGGAGAUCUCUGGCGUCUCUUUCAGCCCCGAUACAGAAUCUCUGUUCAUUGGAGUGUGGGAUCGCACAUAUGGUAGCCUUCUCCAGUACAAUCGACGCAGGAACUAUUCAUAUCUGGACUCUCUGCUUUGAGUUCGUAUAUGUGAUCCAUUUGUGAGUUCAUGCAUCCAUUCUUUUGGAUAUGUUAGUAUGCUCGAUGUUACAGUUGGUGUACAUGGAUGGGGGUGACAUAACUCAUGUUACAGUGCAGGAGGACAAUUUACUGCAAUUGUUUCUUGUUAUGGCACUGAUGUUCUCAAAUAAUGCUUGCUGUCAAUCUGUUGAACUUGAACGAGAUGGGUGGGGCAUGGAUUUUUUGUAUAGAUCAUUCGAUGAGGUUAAGAAGUGCUCGUUGUCAUAGCGCGAGAAUGGCAAAUUUCCUUUGUUAAUGACAUAACGCUGCACACAAUGUUAUUGAUGCAUUUGUUAGGGUAAAUUAUUCCAAUUUGUGCAAGAAUGGCCGGUGUUGCACUUGUCUUGGGGACAUGAACUUUUUGUGUUACAGAUGGUCAUUUGGUUAAUUAAUAUUAGUAGCGAUGUUGAUUAUGCAUUACAACUA